AUGAUUGAGGUAAACAAGGAUAUGUAUCUAUUGAAUCCAUUCUUGGAAAAGCGCUUAGAUCUUCCUCCAGCGAUUUGCCAGAAAGGCGUCUACUUUGGCAAAGUCAUCUUAUCAACCAUUCCCAUUCCUAAUAAUAAUGCUGCUGAUUGCUUUGUCAUGAUUUGGUACAGUUUUGGUAAGCUGGAUUUUUGCAAGGUAGGCGACAAAUCUUGGAGAUGUAUCGACACAUCAAUCUUAAAUCCUUCUCGUAGGCACAAAUCAUGCUUGACUGAUGCAAUAUUCUUCGAGGAUAAAUUCUAUUUGGUAUCGGUUUAUGGGGAGAUUUAUGCUUGUGAUCCUAACGCUAAGGAACCAAUACUGUCUACACAUUAUGAAAGACAAAACCCAAGUGCACGUAUAUUUUGGCAUCUGAUGGAAUCCGGGGGAGAGUUGUUCGGAAUCAUGCAUGACUUUUUUCGUAAACCAGACGAAGAGAGAGUCAAACACAUAGAAUCCCUUAGCAAUGAAGGAAGAGAAGAUAUAUACAAUAGAUUUCAUGAAUAUCAUCGCUGCUGGAGUUGGUACAAAACUUGUUCUUUUGAAGUAUAUAAGCUGAGUGUGAGUGGAUGCAACUCAAGAUUUAUAAAAGUAGACAAUUUAGAUGGGAAGGCGGCGUUUUUGGGUAGGAAUAAUUCCUUUACCAUCUCAAACCCGAGUGUUUUUGGCUACCAUGGAAACCGAAUAUAUUUUAGUGAUGAUAGAUAUAGAAGUUAUGGUAUGAAUGUAUUCAACAUGGAGGAUGGUGUUUUCAAGCCACUUUACCUGACAAAUUCUCAGCUCCCGAAAGCACCACCUAUUUGGGGUUCAUUGAGUAAUGUUAUUGGCUUUUUCGACAUGCCUUUCUACCAUGCAGUUGUAUGA